UUUAAGUCCCAUUUGCUGUGAGAGGUCCCCGAGUAAUCGCUCCCAAGCACACAAAACGACAGUUUUCUGGUGAUGUCAGGGGAUUAGGACUUGAGUCAAGUCCACCCCCCCCCCCCCCCAAACCCGGCCCUACAUGGAUGUAGUUCUACGAUCUUUGAUCCAGACUGAACAUGUUCACGUUCUGUCCCAACUUUACUAUGGAGCAUUUUGAUUCCAUCGCAUGACAAUGAAUUUUAGAAGAUCUGUUCAGCCGUUACCUUGACGAUACUAGAUAACUUGACAAUAUGGCGACGGAGGAGGAUCAAAUAGCAACCUGCAGUAGCACAAACUCACAACAGUGCAAGAUUGCACCUCAUAGACUGAGUAUUGAAGAUGGUGUAUCGACAACAACCAAUAUCGAAUGCAUCGUGUGUUCAGAUAAAUCUACCGGUUUGCAUUAUUCAGUGAGUACGUGUGAAGGAUGCAAAGGCUUCUUUAAGCGUACCGUUCAGAAGCAGUUGAAGUAUGUGUCAUGCCGAGGAAUCGGACAGACGGGAAACUGUGUUAUAACCAAGGAGAACAGAAACACGUGUCAGCAUUGUAGGUACAAUAAGUGCCUGAGAGUCGGUAUGAAAGUUGAUGCGGUAAGAGAAGACAGAACGCCUGGAGGGAAGCCUAACCGUAAGAGGAAGAAAACAGGGUCAACAUCUUCAAUGUCACCAUUAGAUCAAGAUUCUUUAGUUAGCAGUCAAUCAUACAACGUUCAGGUAGCUCCAGAAGAGUCACCUUCUGAGCUAGUAGCAGAUACUGACAUCUCAGAGCAGUUGAAGCAACACGAUGAUGGUUUAACAGAGCAAGAGAAAAGUGACAUGAUGGAGUUACUAGAACAGCUUAAAGACACCCGCCCUGAUAUCAUUCCAUCCGCAGUUCCUGUUUCAAUGGGUACUGAAGUGCAAUCCAACGAUGAUGAAGAAUGUAAUGCGGACACGUUUAUGAAUCCAGCAUACAAGGAACUACAACUCGUUAUCCAGUGGGCUAAGAAAGUUCCUGGUUUCAGUCAGUUUUGCCUCGGAGAUCAAAUGUCCCUGUUGAAGAGUGCAUUUCUGGAACUCAUUGUUCUUAGGCUUUCCUACAGGUCAAUGGAGACAUGUGCUGAGGGUAUUAUCUACUUUGCUGAUGGUGUGAAACUUAAAGAAGAAGAUGUUAUUAAGCUAGGUUGGGAUACUGAACUGGUGCAGUUAAAUAUCUUAUUCGCUAAGCGUCUAAAUGAGAUUGAUACUGACUUCUCAGAUUUCUGCUUUCUGAAUGUUUUGGCUCUAACAUUCCCUGAUGCUGCAGGGCUGGAAGAUCGAGAAGCUGUCGAGACGUUGCAAGGACGCUACAUGGAUUGUUUCUACGCCUACUGCCAGACCAAACGUCCCGAACACUACGGUCAAAUGUUGCUACGUCUACAAUCUCUUAGAGCCCUAGGCUCUAAAGCAGCUGACAGUUUCUUUAAGCUGGUGAAAGGCGGUAGGCUACCAACAGAUGAACUCGCUUUGGAAAUGUUUGUGGAUGGGUUUACAUCUCUGUAAAGGUUGGGUUUUGUUCCGACACCCCUAGUGUUUUUUCCUAACCCUAUUGGAAAUGUUUGUGGAUGGGUUUACAUCUCUGUAAAGGUUGGGUUUUGUUCCGACACCCCUAGUGUUUUUUCCUAACCCUAUUGGAAAUGUUUGUGGAUGGGUUUACAUCUCUGUAAAGGUUGGGUUUUGUUCCGACACCCCUAGUGUUUUUUCCUAACCCUAUUGGAAAUGUUUGUGGAUGGGUUUACAUCUCUGUAAAGGUUGGGUUUUGUUCCGACACCCCUAGUGUUUUUUCCUAACCCUAUUGGAAAUGUUUGUGGAUGGGUUUACAUCUCUGUAAAGGUUGGGUUUUGUUCCGACACCCCUAGUGUUUUUUCCUAACCCUAUUGGAAAUGUUUGUGGAUGGGUUUACAUCUCUGUAAAGGUUGGGUUUUGUUCCGACACCCCUAGUGUUUUUUCCUAACCCUAUUGGAAAUGUUUGUGGAUGGGUUAACAUCGCUGUAAAGGUUGGGUUUUGUUCCGACUCCCCUAGUGUUUUUUCCUAACCCUAUUGGAAAUGUUUGUGGAUGGGUUUACAUCUCUGUAAAGGUUGGGUUUUGUUCCGACACCCCUAGUGUUUUUUCCUAACCCUAUUGGAAAUGUUUGUGGAUGGGUUUACAUCUCUGUAAAGGUUGGGUUUUGUUCCGACACCCCUAGUGUUUUUUCCUAAC